AUGGGUUUGGUCUCCUUUUUACGAUUGUUCUCCUCUCGCUGCAUGCCUCCACCUCGUGCCCUCUCCCUCCCCAAUGUGUGCGUCACCUGGCGAGGCAGGAGCAGCAAGAGCACGCAGGCGGCUGUUGGUGGAGCCAGCAGGGACGGUGGAGGGUUUGCAAGCAGCAGUGGCGGCAGUGGAGGCGGAAAUGGCGGCAAUGAAAACCAAGAUGAGCGACCUGGCAGUGAACCAGGUGGCAACAGAGCAACUGGCAAGGGAAGCGGGCAACAUGCGCGCAGUGCUGAAGCAAAAAUUCCUCACGCCCAUUCCGUCCCCCCUUGCUGUCCUACUGUGCUCCCUCUCUACCAGGUGGCAACAGAGCAGGUUGCUACGGAGGCGGGUAACUUGCGGGCAGUGUUGCAGGGCGAGGGGCACUGGGCCACGGCCAACCUCACCCGCCAUUUCCUGCUUUCCACUGCGCCCUCUCAUCCCGACCGCUGUGCCGUGCUGUCUCUCGACCGCCGGGCACUGCAGAGGCAGUCCAAGCGCGGCCCCAAGGGCCCUCCGCUCUCCUGGAAGGGCUAUGCAUGUGAGGCGGCACCGUCGCAAAUCCAGAAGUACACAGAUGUGGAAGCAAGAGCGCUGUGCCCCGACGACUGGUUCUUCGUGCAAGAGCUCGUGUUUCUUAAGAACUGCUUCUCCCUGCCGCCCCGCCGCUGCCUCGCCCGCACGCCACAGCAACCCACAGAGCCGCUGCCGUUCCCACAAUCCCUAUUCGAUCAAGCCUCCUUAGCAGACGGGGGGGUGAGGUGGGAGCAGCAGCAGUGCGGGUCCUUCCACUGCCUCAACACGCGCGCACUGGGCGACUGUCGCAACUGCUUCAACCUCUCGCUAGAGAGCCACCGCUGGCAGCACCGCUUCCGAGGCAACCCCACCAUGCAGGACGUGCUGCAACUCAAAAACGGUUCCCUCAGGCUCGGACUCGACGUGGGGGGCGGCACGGGGAGCUUUGCGGCGCACAUGGCACGGCACGGGGUGACGGUGAUGACGACAGCCAUGAACUACGAGACCGUGUCGGGGCGCCAUGCAGGGCUGCCCUACUUUGAAGCCAUCGCUAUGCGCGGCCUCAUCCCGCUCUUCCUCCCCCAUAAGGCGAGGCUGCCAUUCUACGACAACACGUUGGACGUGAUUCACAGUGUCAACAGUGUCAAGUACAUGCCCGUGCUCGAGUUUGAAGACCUCGUCUUCGAAUGGGACCGCGUGCUCAGACCAGGUGGCCUCAUGUGGUUUGAGAUGUUCUACGCGCCAGUGGACGACAUGGUGCUCUAUGUGGCCGUGCUGCAGCAGCUGCGCUACCGCCGCCUGCACUGGACGCUCAUGCCCAAGCCCGACCGCGGGGAGAUAGAGGCACACCAGCUCUACUUGAACUGCGUUAUUGAGAAACCUGCUAGACGAAAUGCACUCAAACCUGUUGAAUUCGUCUAA